AUGGAGUUGAGGGUGGGGAACAAGUACCGCCUCGGGAGGAAGAUAGGAAGCGGAUCCUUUGGAGAUAUUUACCUCGGUUCCAACAUCGCUACUGGAGAGGAAGUAGCAAUCAAACUGGAAUGUGUGAAGACCAAACAUCCACAGCUCCACAUUGAGAGCAAGUUCUACAAGAUGAUGCAGGGCGGAGUGGGAAUCCCGUCCAUUAAGUGGUGCGGAGCCGAAGGCGACUACAACGUCAUGGUCAUGGAGCUGCUCGGCCCGAGCCUGGAGGACCUGUUCAACUUCUGCUCCCGCAAGUUCAGUCUGAAGACAGUGCUGCUGCUGGCCGACCAGAUGAUCAGUAGGAUUGAAUACAUCCACUCCAAGAACUUCAUCCACAGAGACGUGAAGCCCGAUAACUUCCUGAUGGGGCUCGGCAAGAAGGGUAACCUGGUCUACAUCAUCGACUUCGGUCUGGCCAAGAAGUACCGCGAUGCCCGGACGCACCAGCACAUCCCCUACCGCGAGAACAAGAACCUCACCGGCACCGCACGCUACGCCUCCAUCAACACCCACCUGGGCAUUGAGCAGUCGAGACGAGAUGACCUGGAGUCCCUGGGCUACGUUCUCAUGUACUUCAACCUGGGCUCUCUGCCCUGGCAGGGGCUCAAGGCUGCCACCAAGAGGCAGAAGUAUGAGCGCAUCAGCGAGAAGAAAAUGUCCACCCCCAUUGAGGUGCUCUGCAAGGGAUACCCCUCUGAGUUCUCAACUUAUCUGAAUCUGUGCCGCUCGCUGCGAUUCGACGACAAGCCAGACUACUCCUACCUGAGGCAGCUCUUCAGGAACCUCUUCCACAGACAGGGCUUCUCCUACGACUACGUCUUUGACUGGAACAUGCUGAAGUUUGGGGCCAGCCGGACUGCAGAGGAUGGAGAGCGGGAGAGGAGGGAGGGAAAAGAAGGGGAGGAGCGAGCAGGAGGAGGCCAGAGAGGAGCUGGAGGGCGAGCUCUGCCGCCUGGUCCGAACCCGUCGGCAGCGAACAGAGUCCGGAACGAGACAGACGCUGCUGCUCCGUCCAAUCCGGCUACGCGUGUCGUGCAGCAGUCUGGUAACCGCUCGCCUCAGGCGGGGAGAGCAGAACGAGCCGAGCGAGAGAGGAAGGUGGCCAUGAGGCUCCAUCGCGGGGCCCCGGCCAACGUCUCCUCCUCUGACCUCACUGCACGCCUCGACCAAUCACGCAUCACUGCAUCGCAGGUCAGUGUGCCAUUUGAACAUCUGGCAAAGUGA